AUGUCACAUAAAGUGGAAAUUGCCGAUAGAAGACGUAAUUUCGUUGAUUUCUCCGACGAAUCGAGUAUGAAGCAUCGAAGAACUAAUAUUUCUGAACUUUCCAAGUCUGGGCAAGUUGAAAAUGAGAAACGCGUACGGCGCGAGAUUGCAAACCACAAUGAAAGGCGUCGCAUGCAAAGCAUAAAUGCCGGUUUUGAAAAUCUUAGAGGUCUCCUUCCCCCCACUCAAGAUGGCGAAAAGUUAAGCAAAGCAUCCAUUCUGCAACAGACAGCUAAACUUAUAACUAAUUUGCAUGGAAGAAUUAGUGCACUUGAACAAGAAUUAGAACUAUAUCGGCGUUCUGGCUUACCUCCGUCAUCAGUAUUAGCUGACAUAACGGAAGAAGUUGCUACUGGAUUUCCUAGAAAACGUCGCGCUGAUGAUCAAAGUAAAUCGCCCGAUUCCCUAAAAUUAGGCAAAUCGGAUGUUGAAACGUCAAUUUUAGACCUUGACGAUGGUAAUGUCUCUGGCAGGUCAUCUGAUUGCUAUGACGGCAAUUUCGGGUGCUCCCCCUCGUCUAUUACGCGUCUGUCAGUGUUUCCCCAUGUUUCAACACCAGAGAGCUCUGUGAACGCAAAUCCUCGUUUGGAACAUUUGGUAAUGGCCAUUGAACAGAUUGAAGGCCCACCAGGAAAUGCUUCUUCGCAAUUGAUCGAAAAACCUAUCUCUAGAAUCGAUCCUUAUGUUUACCCUCCACAAGCACAGACCGUUUAUUAUAAAUUUUCCGAUCCCGUAAUUGAAUCGAGACCAUCUUUUACUUAUGGUUUGAAUUCAAGUGAUUUUGUUCAUGCGAAACAAGGCAUCAAUUCAUUCGCUGAAGAAUUUGUUCUAACUUCUCCACCAUCAGCUUUGACCCCUACUAUUGUUUCUGCAUGUGAAGAUAAAUCUGUUAAAGAUAUGUCCUCUGAUGUCUAUCAUCCCGUUGCUAAAAUGCUCCAUCGUCCUAUUCCGCACAAAUACCUUCAUCGUCCUCAAGUCGUAGUUAAUAAUUCUCAUUAA